UUCCGGUCUCCCCCAACCUGGCACCAAAGGCCACUUCCGUUUCCCCGAUAGGAUUUGGGGAUCUCGAGGCGGUACUUCCGGCUUCCCCAGGCUCCCCCAAUUUACUUUCGUGGGGCACGAUGAGAAAGUCCACAGCCCCAAACAGUGAGUUUCUGGGGGGCGAGACGGGCCGGGGCCGGCCUAGAUGGGAGGGAGCCGACCACCCCGAGGAGCCGCCGCCGCCGCCGUCGCCCGGGGGACCGCACUGCGCCUGCGUGAGCCGCGGCGCGCGUGCGCACACUUUAAGUACUUCCCCGCCCCGCCUCGGGCUCUGUGCGUUUUUUCCCUGCGCGCGCCGGAGCGCUACACGACCAAGGUGGCUACGGUAACGCCUGGAGAAAAAUCACCGAGUGGACUGCUGCCCCUACCUCGAGACGCUGUGGGCGCCUGUCGGGGAUUUUUGUGGGGAUUACACCUGGUUACUCUACAGUCGUGGUUUGCCGGGCACAGAAAAUUUACAGGCACAAUCCUAGCCACCUAAGACUCCGCAAGGCCUCUGGUCCUCUUGUCAUCCUGCGCUUCCGGAACUCACGCCUUUCCUGGAUUAGCCAGUUCCUGGCAAACAACUGAAAUCCCCAAAUUUGCCAAGUGAAUGAACGAAAGACCUAAUAAUGAAGUCACUUUUCCUCAGUGCUUCACAACACAACAGAGCUCCAAUUCGGAUACAGAUACAGUCCCCAGAGCCCCACCUAGGUCUGUGGUACUUCAUCGCAGGAGCAGCCCCCACCAAGGAAGAGUUGGCUACUUUUGACUUGGUGGACAACAUUGUCUUCAACAUGGCGACCGGCUCUGCCCCAAGGCAGCUCCAGCUUCGCGCCGCCAUCCGCACGAAAAAUGGGAUCUGUGUGCCCCGGAAAUGGAUAUACCACUUGACUGAGGGGAAAGGAAACACAGACCUCAGAACUGAAGGCCGGCCUGACAUGAGGACAGACCUCUUCUCCAGCUCAUGCCCAGGGGGGAUCAUGCUGAAAGAGAUGGGCCAGGGUUACCAGCGCUUUCUCCUCUACAAUCGAUCACCACACCCUCCAGAGAAAUGUGUAGAGGAAUUCCAGUCUCUGGCCUCCUGCUUGGACUUCAGAACCUUCUUAGUGACUCCCAGGAAUCAAGAGGCCUGCCAGCUGUCAGCAAGUGACCCGUAACUUCAUCUGUGUCCCAGACAGCCAAGGUGGGAGCUGAGCUGCGAGCAGAGAUGUUGGAGACUCUCUACUCCCUGUCAAGGUCAAUAAAGAUGGUUUUUCAAUCCUCA